AUGGAGGCUGCAUCUCUGCACCGGGAAGGAGAGGGACCCUACGGUGUCGGAGCUGGGCUUUGGAACCUAGGGAACACAUGCUACGUGAAUGCUGCCCUGCAGUGCUUGGCCCACACCCCACCGCUGGCCCACUACCUGCUGUCCCAGCGGCACUCGGACACCUGUCUGAAGCCAACGUCCUGCGUCAUGAGUGCCAUGCAAGCUCACGUGACUCAGUCCCUCCUGCAUCCUGGAGAAGCAAUCGAGCCCCCCAAGGAGCUGUUUGCUGGCUUCCAUAGGCAGCAGCAGGAAGAUGCCCACGAGUAUCUCAUGUUCACCAUGGAUGCUAUGCAGCAAGCCUGUCUGCAUGAACUGGGGCAGCUGGACAGGCCCUCUCCAGACACCACCCUGAUUCGUCAGAUAUUCGGAGGCUACUGGAGAUCUCAGAUCAAGUGUCUCUGCUGCCACAGCGUGUCUAACACCCUGGACCCGUAUCUGGACAUUGCCCUGGAUAUCCAGGGUGCUCAGAGUGUAGUCCAAGCCUUGGAAAUGCUGGUGACGCCGGAAAUGCUGGAUGGUGACAAUUGCUAUCAGUGUAGCGUUUGCCUGAAGAAGGUCCCUGCCUGCAAGACUUUGACUUUGCAUGCGGCCUCCAAGGUUCUUAUCCUGUCUUUGAAACGUUUCUCGGCUUUCACAGGCAGCAAAACGGAGAAGGUUGUGCACUAUCCUGAGCGCCUGGAUGUGCACCAGUACCUGUCUGAGCAGAACACAGGGCCCCUUGUGUAUGAGCUCUAUGCUGUGCUGGUCCACUCUGGGCGGAAUUGUUACAACGGACAUUACUUCUGCUACGUCAAAGCUGCAGAUGGCCAGUGGUUCAAAAUGAAUGACGCUAAGGUGACCGCCUGUGCCACUUCUACUGCCCUGGGCCAAUGUGCCUAUGUCCUCUUUUAUGUCCAGGAGAGUGAAAUGGAAAGAGUCCGUGGGAGUGUGUCUGUGAGCAGGAAACCAAGGUGCCCUGUGACGGAGCGUAAAGUCCUGGGAUCAACCCAGCGUGGCACUGAGAGUCACUCCAGUGUCACAGGUCCUGGGUCCCAGUUACCUGUGCAAGAGACUUCAGUCCAAUACAGCAUCUUAGAAGAUUGGGGACGGCUGCAGGAGCCAUCCUCACCCAAAGCCAAGUACAACCUCAAGAAAGCAGAAUGUGCCCCGCCAGCUAACUCGGUCAUGAUUCGCCCGCCCGUAUGCUGGGGUAUCAUGCCCAUGCUGCGUCCUCUGGGACAGGAAAACUGCCCGCCAUACAGUGCAGCCAGGGGGAAAGCCAGGACUCACAAGAAAAAGAAGAAGGGGGCGCGGUCUCUGCAGGAAAUCCAGUGA